AUGGAAGUUCUGGAAAGGUCAAUGUGAGUUUUCCAGCAUUAUAUCCUACUGAUACAGAAGUAACAAUUUAGUAGACUUCGAACAACACACUACAAUUGAAUUGCAAAGUAGUAGCCUACAACAAUAAACAUCAACUGAGUAAAUGGAGAUGACAUAAAAACAUUACCAUCAUCUUGACUGGUGUGUUUGCUGUUUGACAAUUAUGCUUGAAAUGAGAUAUCAGCAGCCAAUACCUUUGUCUUAUUCCAAUAUCUGUGUUGUCUUUCCUCCAACAACAGAGCCCAAGGCAGGUGGUCCUUCUCCAUUCUCCAACAGGACCCUCCACCAUCCCUCCUUUCUGCCCCUGUACAUGGCAGCCAUGGGGUCAGCCCAGUACCCCUGGAGACCCCACCAACAGCCAGGUGAGGACAGGACAGGUGCACCACCACCCCUCUCAGGUGCCUAUGUAGCUCUUGGACCCUCUGCUAACCUUUGACCUUUAGGGAUUUGGUACAUACCAGUCUGGGUCAAAUUUUACAGGGCUUUGACAUAGCCAGGGUUCAAAUUACACAUUUACUUUUGGGGGUGACUUGGAAAUAGUAGGGCUGUAUUAUUUUUUUUUUACUCUCAUCAUCCGUUUAAUGUUCAUCAACACUUUUGGUACCUGAAUUGGAUCCGAAUCCCGAUUUGACAUGGCUUUAUUAGUUUAUUAAGACCAGCCUCCCAAAUGAACCAAGGCCUAUAUUUGUUUAUUGAACCAUUUUUCCCAUCAGUUCCAGUUAUGACUCCCUCUGAGUUCUUCUACACGGACCCCACCAUGCACCGGGGCCGACGGGUACCGAACAUCGUGACCGAGUUGCAGGUGAGAGCAUCAUUGGUCAUAAUCCAGCUCAUCAAUUAUGCAGUCAUCUUACCUUUUGCACAUUGAAACCCCUUAAUUGCAGAUAACUGUAGUGUGUUAAUGUCAACAGAGAGAGAGGGAGGGAAGGAGGGAGGGAAAGAGAGAGAGUACAUCCCCCAAACCAUCCCCCCUGUGUAUUGACUAAAAUCAUAAAGCACAACAUAUUAAAUGCCCCCUUUCAGUGGGGUUAUCCAGUUUACUAGAGAUUAGUGGAGAAUAUUAGGGGCCAUGAUGGGGUAGGAGUGAGCUAUCUCUGUGGCCUUGGGGGGGGGGGACUGGGAUCCCGUUGGGGGGUUGUUGAGAGAUUAAAGGGGGAUCAGACAGACUGGGGGAGUGUAAUUAGAUUGCCUCCCUCUAGUCAGACAGGGCGAGGGGGGUGGAAAGAAAUUGGGACGGUAGGACACAGUGUAGAGUAGAGGUCACUGUUUGUUUUGGUGUGGAAGUGAGAUGGGGUUAGAACAGUAGGAGGAUCCUCUGUUUUCAGUGCUUCUGGUGGUAUAUUUAAAAGCUUACAUUCCUUGAAGGUAGUCAUGAGUAGAUCUUAUCACAAAUGAAACUUGAAAUGAAGCAGUUUCUCAUUUCACAUUUACAUUUUAGUCAUUUAGCAGACACUCUUAUCCAGAGUGAUUUACAGUAGUGAGUGCAUACAUUUUAAUACUUUUUUUGUACUGGUCCCCAUUGGGAAUCGAACCCACAACCCUGGCGCUACCAACUGAGGUACACAGGACUCCACAGUCUACAUUAUGCACUGGAUAUACAACAGACAGCUUGUAGUGUAUUUGGCACACAAAAGCAGUAACUACACAUGACCCAUACCUCUCCCUUCUUACCCUCCACCCUUCUUCAUGGCAGGUUUUUGAGUGCUUCCAACUCAACACCCCUCGCCCCAUCAUGUCCUCUUGCCCCGCGCCCCUCAUCAGACCUGACCCCUUCAGAACACAACCCCACCCUACCAGAGACCUGGGUGGCCACACCUGGAGGAGGGACCCUCCCCAUCUGCCCAUCACCCCCAGGCCGAGGCCCCUCGCACCCAGGCCCAGAGAGAGGGGACAGAGUCGGGCUGUGAUCCAGCUAACCCUGGAGGAGGACCAGGCUAUAACCAACCUACUGAAGCUCCAUCACCAAGAGCCUGUCCAUCCAGAGGUCACCACCGCCGUCACCUCCACCCAGGUAAAUAAGGAAGUAGGAUGAAAUGUACCUCUAGUAGCUGAUCUAAGGUCAGUGUUAGGUUUUCCUUCUGAAGGACUGGGGUAGUAAUCUGAUCCUAGAUCUGUGUUUAUGGGCAACUUUAUGGGAGUCUGUAAAGAUACAAAAUACAUUCCUAAUAAUAUACAUUCUUACUAACAGGUGGAUUGUCCUGAAGGAACAUCACCAGUUGAUCACACCUCAACCCUCAGCCAGCUAUCAGUGGGUCAGUUCAUUCCCACCUCCAACCCAUCUCCAGCUGAAGAGAUGGGGCUCUUUCACAGAGAGGACCAGCUCUUUGUGUCAGCCAUCUUGGAGCCCCAAUAUCAGAACCAGCCCAGACUGAGGUCUGAUGUGGAGCUGGAGGCAGCGAACGCAUUGCUCACUAUGGAUGAGGAGUCGGCCGGCCUGAUGGAUGAUGAAGGGACCUGGAACCAGAUUCAGACCCUGGACAGGCCCUCUAACAGAAGCCCUGAGAAUCUACACCUCCAGUACUUCUCACCCGAAGAGUGUGAUUGUGAUACACUGCCAUUAGAAGACGAUGAAAGCUGCCUAUCCCCCAACGCUUUGCCUCCAAUAACCAGUACUUGGGAUGCGGUGGCCCUGAGAAAUGGGACUGUCACAGAGUCUGAAGGGACGGCUGUGGAUGCCCUGUUAAGACUGGGUGACCUCACAACCCCAUGUUGUCCUCAUUUCAGUUAA